AGUGCUGCCAAUAAGUGCCACCAGUCAGUGCCAGUCAGAGCAGCCUAUCAGUACCAGUCCGUGCUGCCUAUCAGUGCCACCUAUCAGUUCCACCUAUCAGUGCCAUAUAUGAAUGCUGCCUUUCAGUGCCCAUCAGUGAUGCCUGUCAAUGCCCAUCAGUGCCACCUACUAGUACCUCCUCAUCAGUGCCCAUCAGUGCAGCCUAUCAGUGCCCAUCACUGCAGCCUCAUUAGCGCACAUCAGUGAAGGAAAAAAAAAUCACUUAUUUACAAAAUGUUAUAA